GGGGAGGGCUCCUCCUCGGGCCGGGCGUCCUGGGCAGCAUGAGGGGAACCGAGGCGCUCCCCUUGGUGUAGCCGGCGAGACCGCUCUCCCUCCGCAUCUGGCCGGGGGCCUCCGCUGUGGGUGCCCUGCAUCCGGGUCCUUCACUGGCAAGGCUCCGAAUUGGGCCCCAGGCAAAAUGGCCGCGCCGGCCGCUGUGAACCCCUCUGAAAUGGCAUCAGACAUACCUGGACCGGUGACAUUACCGGUGGCACCGAUGUCUGCAGGGCAAGUCAGAAUGGCAGGGUCCGUGCCUGGUCGAGGAGGAAAGAGGCGCUCAGGAAUGGACUUUGAUGACGAAGAUGGUGAAGGGCCCAGCAAAUUUUCAAGGGAGAACCAUAGUGAGAUCGAGAGACGCAGGAGGAACAAGAUGACCCAGUACAUCACCGAGCUCUCUGACAUGGUGCCCACCUGCAGCGCCUUGGCGCGCAAACCUGACAAGCUGACCAUUCUCCGCAUGGCAGUGUCACACAUGAAGUCUAUGAGGGGCACUGGGAACAAAUCUACUGAUGGCGCAUAUAAACCUUCUUUCCUAACUGAGCAGGAAUUGAAACACCUCAUCCUCGAAGCAGCGGACGGUUUUCUCUUCGUCGUCGCUGCUGAAACGGGCCGAGUUAUCUAUGUGUCCGACUCUCUUACUCCUGUUCUGAACCAGCCACAGUCCGAAUGGUUUGGUAGCACCCUCUAUGAGCAGGUUCACCCCGAUGAUGUGGAGAAGUUGAGGGAGCAGCUCUGUACCUCCGAGAACUCAAUGACAGGGAGGAUUCUGGAUUUGAAGACUGGGACAGUAAAGAAAGAAGGCCAACAGUCCUCAAUGAGAAUGUGCAUGGGAUCAAGGCGUUCAUUCAUCUGUAGAAUGAGGUGUGGAAAUGCCCCACUAGAUCACUUACCUCUGAACAGAUUAACUACCAUGCGGAAAAGAUACAGGAACGGCCUUGGGCCUGUGAAAGAAGGAGAGGCUCAGUAUGCAGUGGUUCAUUGUACUGGUUACAUUAAGGCCUGGCCUCCAGCAGGGAAAAUAGGAAUGGCUCUGCCAGAAGAAGAUGCCGAGGUGGGGCAAGGCAGCAAGUAUUGUCUGGUGGCAAUAGGAAGGCUGCAGGUGACAAGUUCCCCGGUGUGCAUGGACAUGAAUGGCAUGUCGGCCCCCACAGAAUUCUUGUCCAGACAUAACUCAGAUGGAAUCAUCACCUUUGUUGAUCCAAGAUGUAUCAGUGUUAUUGGCUACCAACCACAGGACCUUUUGGGGAAAGACAUUUUAGAAUUUUGCCACCCAGAAGAUCAAAACCAUUUGAGGGAGAGCUUCCAACAGGUUGUGAAGCUGAAAGGCCAGGUGCUCUCUGUGAUGUAUCGUUUCCGUACUAAGAAUCGGGAGUGGAUGUUAAUCAGGACUAGCAGCUUCACUUUUCAGAACCCUUAUUCAGAUGAGAUCGAAUACAUCAUCUGCACCAACACGAAUGUAAAGCAACUUCAGCAGCAGCAAGCCGAACUUGAAGUACACCAGAGAGAUGGACUGUCAUCGUAUGAGUUAUCACAGGUGCCUGUUCCAAGUAUACAAUCAAAUGUUCAUGAGAGUGGGAAGCCAGUGGAGAAGCCUGAUGCUAUCUUCACCCAAGAGAGAGACCCGAGAUUUGCUGAGAUGUUCACUGGCAUCACUACUUCUGAUAAAAAGAUGAUGCCUUCAGCCUCCACAGGAGGAAGCCAGCAGAUCUACUCUCAAGGGAGUCCCUUCCAGCCAGGACAUUCUGGAAAAACUUUCAGCUCAUCUGUGGUCCACGUGCCAGGAGUCAACGACAUUCAGUCCUCAUCAUCGACAAGCCAGAACUUGACCCAGAUCUCUCGACAACUCAAUCAGAGCCAAGUGGCCUGGACAGGGAGCCGUCCUCCAUUCCCCGGACAGCAAAUUGCUUCACAAUCUGGCAAGGCUCAAUCUUCUCCCUUCGCGAUUGGAACCAGCCACACCUAUCCCGCUGAUCCAGCAUCCUACAGUCCCCUGUCUAGUCCUGCCACCUCUUCUCCAAGUGGCAACGCCUAUUCCAGCCUAGCUAACAGAACAGCAGGAUUUGCUGAGAGCAGUCAAAGCAGCGGGCAGUUUCAAGGGAGGCCUUCAGAAGUGUGGUCCCAGUGGCAAAGCCAGCAUCACAACCAGCAGAACAGUGAGCAGCACCCACACCAGCAAACAAGCCAGACAGAAGUAUUCCAGGAUAUGUUACCUAUCCCAGGUGAUCCAACACAGGGGACGGGGAAUUACAACAUUGAAGAUUUUGCUGAUCUGGGCAUGUUUCCUCCAUUUUCUGAGUAAAUUUAUCUAGCCAGAUAACCUUUUAAAAGAAUGUCCUGAAGCAGGGAGAACCCGCACUGGUGUAGGUUGGGCUCUGCUUUUUUUCUGUGUUAACUUAUCCUAGAAGUGAUUAAACAAGAAGUCUCCAUUCCCAUUUCUUAGAUAAUGAUAACUUGCUGUCUUUCCAAAUGCUGACCGUGCAAGUUCUAAUGAAAUAAUUCAUGCUGCCUGAUUGGGGUUCAUGUAAGAAUUUGUUUUGUAUCUCAUGUCCAUUUGCAGUAGAGAGUGGGGUUUGGGGUGGGGACGGUAGUAUGGAAGGCACUUUGUGAACUUUCUCUUAAGCUCUUUACAUUUGAAUGUGAACCACUUCUUACUUUCCUUUUUAGAGAAAGUUGUUUGUGUAAAUAGAUAAUGAAAUAACAAGCACUCCCAAUCUUUUUGCAUAUUACUUGAACAUAAGCUACUUGGAUUUCAUCAAGGCUUUUUUUUUCCGUGUCAGGAGCGACUUGAGGAACUGCAAGUUGCUUCUGGUGUGAGAGAAUUGGCCGUCUGCAAGGACGUUGACCAGGGGACGCCUGGAUGUUUUACCAUCCUUGUGGGAGGCCUCUCUCAUGUCCCCACAUGGGAAGCUGGAGCUGACAAAUGGGAGCUCACCCCACUGUCAGCAGUCCUGCCGGCACAAGGGUUUAACCCAUUGCGCCACCGGCUUAGAGCAAGAAUAGUUCAGUGGGUUGAGUAUGGUGUAUUUAGCAAGAGUUGGCUUAAAAUGAAUGCAGAUUUAGUUCCUGUAUGUUUUACUAUGGAAGGCACUUAGCUCAAUGAGUAGAGCUAUCGAUUUGCACGAUUAAGUCUUGCAUUCAGUUCCUUUGGCAUCUCCAUUGGAAACUGACUCGAACUAACAGAAGCCCCAUCUCCACUGCCGUAUAAUGAAGUUUCAGAAUGAGGUUUAACUUCAGUGUAGACUCAUAUAAUCCAGUUCGGUGCAUUAUAUGGUAGUGUAGAUAGGGCCAGAGCUGGAAACGUUCCCUGUUCUGAAAUCUGGGAAAUCUAGUGUGGGGCAGUACUGGAUUAAAAAACAAAAACAGUGGCUGGAGGCAUGCUUUUGUAUAUGCUCAGUUCAACAUGUGAUGCCAAUGACUCUGCACAGUUUGUAUGACUGCUCUGGGUUAUAUGCAGUAACUAGGUUUCAUUUUGCAUUGUGAUAAGCUUCAAAGGAGCAUUAAUUUGGAUUCUGCUUAUCAUAGAAGUGAGUUUGUGGAGUUUUGCUCCUCUGAGAACUCAGCAAUAACCGUGGCCCAAAUGGUCACCCUGGAUCUUCAAGCAAAGAAUGACCACUUUCAGGACAUGCAGUCCCCAAAUUAAGAACAAGAUAGGUUCUUUAUGUUUGUUCUUAACGUUGAAUAUGUAUGUAAGUUGGAAAGGUACAUUUUAAAGUGUAGCUACACACACAUAUAGAAGCUUUGGAUAGGAAAGGAUUAACACCCCUGUGGUGUUUGCUUUGCCGUCUGUGCCCCUGUUCAGAAGAUUUCAUCUUAUUUUCUGUCCCUGAGAUAAAUAGAUUUUGAAAAAUGUGGCUUGUUGU